CUUUUCUGUAUUAUGUACACGUACAUUGUGAAUUUAGUGUACAUAUUAACAGCAUAUAAGACGUAAACAUGUUCUAAACAACUUACAAAGAUGUUUCCGCAAAUGUAGAAAGAUUAGAAAAUUGUUGCCUUUGUGACAGCCUUGAGUGUCUUUGUUUGGUGAUUAAGUAAUAAACUAAAGAUAAUAAUACAAUAAAACAUUAACAAAGACUUUCCUAUUUUGUUUAUGAGAGUAUAAACAAAGAACUCCUCUUCAUCUUCAUCUCCCAUAGACAUUAUUGCUCUUUCCUAUUAGCUUAUCUAACCAUGGUAGAUUGGUCUUUACUCCCUAAAGACUUGCUGGAACUAAUUAACGGUCGUUUCGAGACAUGUUUUGAGACUGUUCACCUCCGCUCUGUCUGCAGCUUGUGGCGUUCGGCCGUACCUCGGCCGCGUUAUAAACACGGCUUAGGCGUUGACUACCUUCUCCCCAUUUUCAGUGACAACCCUCGGUUUAAAGGCGACAAGCUUUGCAUACUUAAAAAGAUUCCAAAUUUUCUAUUCAGAUACCAGACUCCCUUCGGUGCUGAUUGUUUGAUUGUAGGGAUCAGCGAGAGUACCUCCGACAAACAUAAGUUGGUGUCGUCAUUACCAGGUUUUGGCUUCACAUCUGAAUAUGGGAAGGUGCUCAACACUCUUAGCUCCCAAAUCAUCCCUUUGGGUCAUACCUACGUGAUAAAUUUCAAUGCUACAACAACAAUAAACUAUAAAACAAUGCGUAGGACUUUUUUCGAAAGAGUUGCGUUUCUUCCAUUUGAUGGUCGAGAUUUCACAUUGGUAGCUGGAGUGUUGGAUACUCUAAUGAUGUAUAGAAGCCGGGAAGAGAGGUGGAUUAAAAUCGAGUGUCCAUUUAGAUCAUAUCAAGACAUGGUUUCAUUUAAAGGCAAGUUUUAUGUUGUUGAUAAGAGUGGAAGGGGGCGUGUCUUUGUUAUCGAGCCGUCAUUAGAAGUUAGCGAGAUCCCCUCAGUCACGCAGUCUCACGAGUGUUAUUGGGAGAGAUUGGUUGUGUCAGGAGAUGAUGAGCUCUUGCUGGUGCAGCGAUUUACACCAGGGGAAGAUCAUAUGCAUACGUGGUUCAGAAUUUUUAGGCUCGAAGAGAAAGAAGGGCAGAGGAGAUGGGUUCGGGUUACUGACUUAGAGGAACGAGUGGUGUUUCUUGGGAUUAACUGGAAUUUUUGCUAUUCGGCGAAGGAGGUUCCUGGUAUGAAGGGGAACUGCGUUAUGUUCAUCCAAUCAAUUAUCAGUGAUGGAAUCCUUGUGUUUGACUUAGGUACCAGAAAGACUACUCAGUCUUCUACGGUAUGCAGAGGCAUGGGCAUGCUCUGCGAAAAUAAAGAGUCAAUCAGCUUCUGUGAUGCGUCAUCUUAGUUCUUUGGUUGUUUGUAUUUGUUGCAAGGAAUUUGGUUGC